UUUCCACCGUCUCUUCCCCGCUGCCCAUCAUCCGAUGUGGAUUGCCACCGGAGUGCACCCACCAGUUGUCCCGGUUCCCUUGCUCUUAACCUCUCAUCUAUCUCCCAAACCCCAAACCCUACGUUUCGGUUUCCCCUUGCCGUCACUGAAAGUGAAAGUUUCAGCCACGAAGAAGCAGUUACAGACACGGAGGCCAGAUAAAGGAGAUCUGCCGAAUGAAGAGAAAGGCAAUGGUCAAAGCUCUGAUGUGGGAUGGCGUCCUGCUUUCCCUCACGUUUUGGUGGCUUCAAUGUCCAAUUUCCUUUUCGGCUAUCACAUAGGAGUAAUGAAUGGUCCGAUCAUUUCAAUUGCAAGAGAACUUGGUUUUGAAGGAGAUCCAAUUCUUGAGGGGCUUGUGGUGAGCAUAUUCAUUGCUGGAGCUUUUAUUGGAAGCAUAAGUUGUGGCUCAAUGGUGGACAAACUUGGCUGUCGCCGGACUUUUCAGAUUGACACAAUACCAUUGAUUCUUGGCGCAAUUGUGAGUGCGCAAGCACAUUCCUUACAUGAAAUACUGCUGGGAAGAUUUCUAGUUGGCCUUGGUAUUGGUGUGAACACAGUUCUUGUUCCAAUUUAUAUUUCCGAGGUUGCCCCAACGAAAUACAGGGGUUCACUGGGAACUUUGUCCCAAAUUGGCACUUGCCUUGGGAUUAUUCUGUCACAGUGUCUUGGAAUACCGGCAGAACAUGAUCCACAUUGGUGGAGGAAAAUGUUCUAUAUAGCAAGUGUACCUGGCUUUCUUCUAGCUCUUGGCAUGCAGUUUACUGUUGAGAGCCCCCGCUGGUUAUGCAGAGUAGGGAACAUAAAAGAUGCUGAGACAAUAAUCCGUAAUCUUUGGGGAGACUCAGAAGUUGACAAAGCGAUUGAGGAAUUCCAGUCAAUUAUCAAGAAUGAUGGCAUUGAUGUGAAUAGCGGAUGGUUGGAACUUUUGGAAGAGCCACAUUCUCGAGGUUGUAUUCUUCUACGUGUUGCAUUCAUUGGAGGAGCCCUUUUUGUUCUUCAACAGUUUGCUGGAAUAAAUGGAGUUCUUUAUUUCUCAUCAUUGACUUUUCAAGAUGUUGGAAUUGCCAGUGGUGCUUUGGCAAGUUUAUUUGUUGGACUAACAAAUUUCGCAGGGGCACUUUGCGCAUCAUACUUUAUGGAUACACAAGGAAGGAAAAGGCUUCUCAUUGGAAGUUACCUUGGGAUGGCAGUUUCAAUGUUUCUUACUGUUUUUGCUAUCAAUUCCCCAUUUGAUGAAGAUUUCAGUCACAACUUAUCAAUCCUAGGGACUCUCAUGUACAUAUUCACCUUUGCAAUUGGAGCAGGCCCGGUAACCGGUCUCAUAAUUCCAGAACUUAGUAGCAGCAAGACAAGGGGGAAGAUUAUGAGUUUUAGUUUCUCUGUUCAUUGGGUUUGUAAUUUCAUGGUGGGGCUACUAUUCCUGGACCUGGUGGAGAUAUUUGGAGUAGGUGCAGUUUAUACCGGUUUUGGCAGCGUGUCAUUGGUAUCAGCAAUUUUCGCUCAUUAUUUUCUGGUUGAGACCAAAGGCCGAUCACUGGAAGAGAUUGAAAUGUCACUCAAACUCAAACGUGAGAGCUAAAGGUAAAAUGACUCAGCAUUAUGAUUCCAUGCAUUGAAUAAAUGGUCUGGUACAGUUGAGUGAGCAAGCAGGUCACAGCCACUCCACUGCAUAUUCAUACUAGCUCCUAAGUGAAGGAAACCCCCCAAAUCAUCAGCCUUAUAAAACCUAACAUCCCUUUAGU